ACUAGCGCGAUGCAAGGUGUGGCGAGUGUUUCUAUAGAAAAGAGGAGUAACGAAAGGAAAACACAAUAAUUGUCAAAGAACAAAUAAUUUGAGCCCAUCGACUUGUCGUCAGUCUCUGUCCACCGAGAGUUCCACCAUGUCGGUGGAUAAACAUGAUUAUCACAGGGCGUCCAACGCCGUGGUUUUCGGCGGAGGACUCACCUUCGUCGCUCUAUUUUUCUUAAUGAUGGCCUUUAUAAGUCCGUACUGGAUAGAAUCGUACCAGGAGACCUUCAGCGACUUCAAGCACAUGGGACUCUGGGAAUACUGCUUCCAGCAAUUCCACUAUCCCUAUUACCCAUUUGACAAGGAAUUUGAUGGCUGCCAUCAUAUCUUCUCGCAAGAAUAUUAUGUCAUAAGAGUGUGGCUGCUGCCGGUAUGGCUCAUGAUCGUGCAAGCAUUCGUCACCCUGGCUCUGCUACUGUCCCUGUUCGCUUUCAUCGUGAUAAGCCUGAUCUGGAUACGCUGGCCAUUGAGAUUUGUUCUACAUUACGAAUGGAUCCUGUCAUCUGUCGCAUUCGUAUGCAACGCAGUUGCUGGUGUGCUCCUCUUCUUAGCGGUAUCCAUAUUCGGUGGACAGUGCUGGCGUCGAGAUUGGCUGAUGUAUCCGAACUUCAAUCACCUGUCGUGGUCCUACGCUCUCGCGGUUAUAUCAUUCUUCCUGCACUCAUUCGCCGCGUUCUUUUUGUAUCUAGACGCGCGGACCGGUUACAGAUUGCGCAAGGAAUCUCGCAAUCUGGUAAUGCAGAUGCAACCGAACCCUCAGUCUCAUCACGGGCCGCCUUCACGAAGCGGAUACGUGUAAUAGAAAACUUUCAUCGCUGCUGAACCAAGCAAGCGCGAGAGAUUUAAUUCUCUUAAGGCUCCUGGAUUCUCGCCGUGGCUAUAUUAGAUUGUGACGUCAGAGGCGAAAAAGCACAUGCCACUUUUAAAUGAAGAGAUAUUGCGAUGAAACACUAUUUCAAAUGGCCCCAAGUAGCCACAGUAGUUAUUAUGACAUCAUUUUGAUGGCAAAAUGACUACUUUUGCUAUAUGGGGCUUUUCAUCGAAAUAUUUUUUUAUUUCGAAAUAGUAUCUAAAAAUUUUCAGCUCGUCUGACGUCACAAUUCCAACAUCGUCGGCGAGGAGCCAGAAGAGCCUUAAAUAAAAUUUUACAUAUCUAAAUAUAACUUUAAUCCGUCCAAUUAUA